ACCCCUAACAACAAAACAAUCACACCUAAGAAGCAGCUGCAAAACUGCAAAGAGUAAAAGGCAGAUCGAGGAUUUUCUAUAAUAUGAAAACUUCAUCAUCAUCAUCAGCAGUUGAUCAGGAGCAGCAGAGAGAACAACGACACCGUUUCUGCAUCCCUGUCUGCCAUUUCUUUGAGCAACUCAUUAAGGCUUGCCUCAACUGCCUGGGACUCGAUGACUACUCCGCCGCUCAAUACGAUCAUAUAGUUUCAAUGGCUGAUCCUCCUCCUGAGAACGCACGAGAAAUGAAAUGCAGCGAAGAUGAGGGAACGAGGUCAGGAACAGAGGGAGAGUUAAGAACAGGGGUAAAAGAACCACAUGUCCACUCUGGUCAUGGUGCACAGAUUAACUAAGCUUCAACCUAAGUAACUACUUUAAUUUACCGCUCCCAAAGUUCAUCCAUAGCCUUGUUACUCCCUAGUUUAGUCUGCCUUUUUUACAUGUCUAAUUGUUAUACAUUCCUUUUUCUCUUAGCUUUUAUCAUGCAUGUACAAUUGAGGCCAUCGAUGUACAAUUAUAAUUUAGUGCCUUUUGCUUAUUAAUU